AUGUCUAUUUUUCAUCUGAAGUUCAAGCUUGUACGAAAUUUCACAACAUUUCACGCUGAUCAAGAAUCUUCAGAUUACAAGACCCUUGCGCAUGAUAUCAAAGGAAAGUUUGAGGCAGUGUUUGAGGAGCUUGAAACCGAGAGGGACACCAAUGGCACUAUUUACAUUCACGUGAAUCAACUUCUACCAGAUGACGGUGUGUUGGUUGAUAUGAGAGCCUACAUAGCCAACAGUAGCAUGACUACACAAGAAGAAAUGGACCUGCUGUGGAGCGGAUUAUUCUCUGUGGCGACAAGCUCUGACGGUUACUUUGACCCUUCCAUCCUUCUGGUACUAAGUACAGUUCUAUGUCCAAACACCUCUUGGUCAUCUCCGUAUGGUAUUGUCCAGUUUUCGUCAGGAGACCUUCAUUCAUGGAGUGAAUCGAGUGGAGAUUGUCCAUGGUUCACCGUCAAUGAUGGAGAGCCAAUAGCACGAGCCGUCUGCUCCGGUGAUUAUAUCUCCCCUUGUGCAUGGGUACCUUCAGAUAACUGCGGUGGCAAUAAAACAGCUGAUCAACUCUUAAUCUACUUACAAGAGAAUCUGAUGUCUGCUGAUGUCCAGGACGUUCUAUCAUUUUUGACUGUGAUCUCCCAGGACAAGAAUAUUAAUUAUGCUGGGGUCAGUGCUGCAUUUGACAUAAUUCACCAGACAGUUUCAAUUUCUCAACCAACACAAGAGAAUGUUGCCUCAGUUGUUGACAUCUUAAGCAUCCUGGCCACGUUAGACAAAGGCUUGAUCAUGGAGGCGGAGAUGAUGGAUGGUGCUGUCAGCAGAGCCACCGUGGCCUUGGAGGAAAUCCUUCUAGCCAGCAAAGUGCCUUCCAAUCAGGCUUUCCAACAUGUAGCAUCAAACCUCGUAGUACAGGCUUACACCCCACUUGCAGAAAAAGGACACCCACAUCAGGAAGGCCAUUCCCCUGGUCUCAAGUUGUCCGUCUUCCUGCGCCAUCUCGCCAAUGGGGCCACCUAUGCCGAGCUGUCUUUCAACUUCCGAAUGGGCAAGGAAACCAUCCAGAAGUUUGUCCCUGAUGUAGCCAGAGCGGUAGUGGAUGAGUAUGCUGCAGAAUGCUUCCUUGGCCAGAUAAGACAGGAACCAGACACAGUCCGCCUGCUCAUUGAAGCUGCCGUCAUGCUGCACAACCUCAUCAGGAACCAAUAUCAGGCAUGGGACGUUCGCAUGUUGGACCAGGAGGAUGCCCAGCACAACCUCAUCCCUAGAGCUUGGAGAACUGCCGCCAUCACUGUGAGAAAGUCCUGCAAUGCCGCCCUGUUGUUAUAG